AUGCCCAAGGACAGAAGACACAAGCAAGGCUAUCGAAAGAAACUUCGUUUCAACAAUAAUCGAUUCAUGCGUAAAAUAGCGUUUAAACCAACCAGCUCUCAACUAGCCGACAAUAAUGCGUAUGAUCCUCAGAAUCCUCAACUUACAACAGUUACUCAAAAUCCACUCGAUAUUGGCAAUAAUAAUGGUGAUAGCGACAAAUCGAUUAAUCCGAUUACGUUCCUCAAUACCUUGCAUCACAAGUUAAAGACGCCGAAUCCACCACAUUACGAUUGCACUCCGGAUCCUCAGGGCGGUGGUUUUUAUUGUACAUUGGUGUUCUUUGAUCAAACAUUUAAAUCAACAGUUCCUAAGCCAAAGAAACAACUGGCCAAAGAAGCUGUCGCAACUGUUGCCAUGGAAAGUUUUGAGAAGCAAAUGACCAAAACUUUUCAACAAGUCCGUCAGACUUUGCUUUCAGCUAAUUCAGCCCCUAAAAAGCCGUCAAAGUUGUCGAAAGGAAGUCGGCAGUUCAAUAGAAUGUUGCAUUCGACUGAUACGUUAACUCAGUCUGCUCAGUGGCUAAGAAAAUUUAUGGACACACAUGUGGAAAAAAGACCAUGCGUUAUGCUUCUGGAAUUUUGUCAGUUUCAUCAACUUGGUCACCCUGUUUAUCCUACUAGAACGGACAUGAAAGGGUUCGUCUAUAUGGAUUGCGUUGUUGCCAAACGGAUAUUUACUCCAGAGGUUCCUUUUUUUAAUAAAAAAGAAGCAAAAGAUUACAUUUCCGACAAAGCUUUUAAUAUUCUUUAUCAAGAAUUUCUUGAACAAGAACAACGUCAAGUAGAUGAAAGAAUGAGACCUGAAAGAAGCAAACUCGAUUUCCCUUCUGGUGACGCACCAUCAAGCACCGUAACGUUCGUUCCGCAAGUAUUCACUUCGGACAACAAUGAAAAAACUACAUUUCUCACGGCACCUCCAGCCACUACAAGUGCUGCCAGUAUCGGUUCGUACAACACCACAACUAGUAUCCCACCACUUCCCGCUGUUAGUUCUCAAGGAAUGAGCAGUAAUUAUGAUUAUACAAAUAAUGGUGUGUCAACAUUUUCGACCCUUGAUUCUCGAGGAAGUGGUAGCAAAAGUGGUUCUUCUACCGAAACUUACAGAGAAACUCAACCGAGUUUUGCUUGGUCGAAUGCCAGUGAGCUAGGACCUCCGCCAACGAGUGCUUUACUUGAGAAUGCUUUGCAUCAAACAUCUCAAGCUACUUUUCGACCUCCAACCGUUACAACUUCGUCACAAGUGGUAUUUCCAACUAUCGGAUUUAAUUCCUAUCAGCCUCCACAACAGCCUCAGAUUCCUCCAGUUCGCUAUCAACCUCCUCAGCAACCGCUAUUGCCUUCGGUACCUUUUCAGCCUCUACAACAGCCUCCGAUGCUUUCAGCACCUUACCAACAACUUCCAUUGCCCACGUUGCCCUAUCAGCCCCCUCAGCCAUCUCAGUUUUCUCAGCGUCCUCGUAAAUUAAAAAAGAAAAGUCCAUUGCAUAAAGGGGCGUAUAUUUAUAAGAGAUAUAUUAGUUUGCUAUUCGAAUUCGCGCAAGCUCAACAUUGGGCAAAUCCGGAAUUCGAAUUUCAAAAUAUGUUUGGCGAAUUCAAGGGCAUGGUAACUAUCAAUGGCCGCACUUUUGUUGGUACCAAAUUGUGCAAAAAGAAAAGUGAGGCUAAGGAAGAUGUUGCCGAAGUUGCUUACAAAUUCUUUGUGGAUAAUCCCAUUUAUAUGUAA